AUGGACUAUAAUAGAAUGAAUUCCUUUUUAGAGUACCCACUUUGCAAUCGGGGACCCAGCGCCUACAGCGCCCCAACCUCUUUUCCCCCCAGCUCAGCUCCGGCCGUUGACAGCUACGCAGGGGAGAGCCGCUAUGGUGGAGGGCUGCCCAGCUCAGCGCUCCAACAAAACUCGGGGUAUCCUGUCCAGCAGCCGCCUUCAUCCCUGGGGGUGUCCUUUCCCAGCCCCGCUCCCUCGGGGUACGCCCCAGCCGCCUGCAACCCCAGCUAUGGGCCUUCUCAGUAUUAUUCUAUGGGUCAGUCGGAAGGAGACGGAGGCUAUUUUCAUCCGUCGAGCUACGGAGCCCAGCUAGGGGGUUUGCCCGACAGCUAUGGAGCGGGUGGAGUCGGCUCAGGGCCAUAUCCUCCACCGCAACCCCCUUACGGAACUGAGCAGACCGCAAACUUUGCAUCAGCCUACGAUCUCCUCUCUGAGGACAAGGAAUCAUCUUGCUCGUCAGAACCCAGCUCUCUCACUGCCCGGACCUUCGACUGGAUGAAGGUCAAGAGAAACCCACCUAAGACAGCAAAGGUGUCCGAGCUGGGACUGGGCACUCCCGGCGGUCUCCGUACAAACUUCACCACACGCCAGCUGACGGAGCUGGAGAAGGAAUUCCAUUUCAACAAAUACCUGAGCCGCGCCCGGAGGGUGGAGAUCGCCGCUACCCUGGAGCUCAAUGAAACACAGGUGAAGAUCUGGUUCCAGAACCGGCGCAUGAAGCAGAAGAAACGCGAGCGAGAGGGGGGCAGGGUGCCUGCAGGCCCUCCAGGUUGCCCCAAGGAAGCGGCUGGAGAGGCCUCCGACCAGUCUGCGUGCACCUCCCCAGAAGCCUCGCCCAGUUCCAUCACCUCUUGAAUUGAACUUCCUAAGUAACCCGGCUUCACACACUGGACCCAGUCCUCUCCUAGACUCUCCCAAACUUCACAGCCCU